CAGACAUGGCCUUCAAGCUUUUCAUCUUCGCCGCCGUAGUGGCCGUGGCGCGCGCCGGCUACCUGGGCGCCCCCGCCGUCGUCGCCCCCGGCGCUCCCCUGGCCGCCCGUGCCUAUGCCGCCCCCGCGUACGCUGCCCCCGCCUACGCUGCGUACGCCGCCCCGGCCUACGCCGCCCCCAUCGCUAGGGCUUACGCCCCUGCCCUGCGCGCCGCCCCUGUGGCCGUCGCCCCCGCCGUGAGAGCCGCCCCCGUCGCAGUCGCCGCCCCCGCCGCCGUGGCCGCCGAGUACGACCCCAACCCCCAGUACAGCUACGCCUACGACGUGCAGGACGCUCUGACCGGCGACUCCAAGACCCAGCACGAGACCCGCAACGGUGACGUCGUCCAGGGCAGCUACAGCCUGGUCGAGCCCGACGGUUCCAUCCGCACCGUCGACUACACCGCCGACCCCGUCAACGGCUUCAACGCCGUCGUGCACAAGGAGGCCGGCGCCCACCCCGCCCCCGUCGUCGCCAAGGUCGCCGCCCCCGUCGCCUACGCCGCGCCCGCCAUCGCUAAGGUGGCCGCCCCCGUCGCAUACGCCGCCCCCGCCUACGGAAAGGCCAUCCUGGGUUAAGAACCGUCCGAUUACGACGACGACACACCGCCUAGUUCAAACGUUGCUUCCCCUGAAAUAAUCAUCAUGCAGCGCAUAUUUAUUUGUAUCUUGUCUCAUCUCAUCAUACUACUAUGUACAAAUAAAUGCACGUUUCUUAUAUAAGAAAUCUCGUCUUUCGUUGUCUUUUUACAACCUGAAACUGUAUAUCUAUAAGGAAUGCUCCGUGCUCGUGAUAAAGAGAAACUACAUCGGCGAGCCGAUCCUUCUAUAUUCUUCUAACAAAAGCGCUCUGGGCAAAAAAUUAGUCAUCCCCAAAGUACAUCACGCUAAUACAAGGGUGAUUUGAUAAGUCUGGUAAACUUCCAUGGAAGAAUUAAUAUUGCUGUUGCGCCUUCAUGGCUGGUAAGCUUGAUUAUUCCAAGGAUCGUAUAAAGAAUUUUAACAGUGUAUAGUUCAUUGUUGGUAGCUGUUUGAAUUGGUCAAUGUGUCGACUGCAAUUGAAAAUGGAGAAAACCGAGUUCCGAGCUGUUACUAAACAUUUUCAUUUGAAGGGCUGGACUGCCGCACAAUUCAAAACAGAAAUGGAUGAAGUUCAUACGAACUCUCUGUUGUAUCCGCGGACCCAAUCGAAUAGCGCGCGCGCCCUGCCGUCGCAUCGCUUGUCACAGUUUCCCGUCGCGACCGCCGACGGCGCAUGGCGU